AUGGUCAAUGAUUACCUUACCGAAUUCGAGAGGUUAACUAGUCGUGUUGUGGGUCUUGCUCCUUCCUUUCUCUUAAGCUGCUUUGUUUCUGGUCUCCUUCCUGAUAUUAAACGGGAGGUUUUAGCUUUGCAACUACUAACCUUUACACAGGCUGCUGCGUUGGCCAAGUUGCAAGAGGAUAAGUUCCAUGACCUGCGAAAGGGCUCCCAGAAUCGUUCUUUGUUUCUGCCAUCGCUCUCCUCUACUCAAUCGCCUUCACAUGACCGCCCUCUUCCACCUCUACUCCCCACAUCUGUCAAGACCAAUUACAAGAAGCUCACCCAUGAGGAAAUGUUAGCUCAUCGUGAGAAGGGUUUGUACUACUACUGCGACGAGAAGUUCCACCCUAGCCAUAAGUGCAAAGCCCGUUUUUUCCUCUUGGUUGCAGAGGUACCAGAGGAUGACACCGCCACUCCUUCUGAAUCUCUAGGGGAUCGCGACCCGGAUCCUCUAAUCUUGGAUACUAUGCAUAACGAGCUCUCUUCAGCCCAAAUCAGCUUCAAUGCACUCUCUGGCCUGCCUGCACCCGAAGCCCUUCGUCUUUUGGGCCUCAUCUCUAAGAAGCAAGUUACUAUUCUUGUGGAUGGUGGUAGCACGCAUAAUUUCAUACAGGCCCGUGUGGCUAAAUUCCUUAAUCUGCCAAUGCAACCCACUCCCACAUUAAAAGUGAUGGUUGGCAAUGGUAGUGUUAUUGAGUGUCACCAAUUUUUCCCAGCUAUUCCAGUUUCCAUACAAGGUCACAUUUUUGCCAUCGAUCUUAAUGUUUUACCCAUUAGUAGGGCGGAUAUAGUGUUAGGCAUCCAAUGGCUUAAACCCUUGGGCCCAAUUGUUACUGACUAUUCUAAGAUGACCAUGUGUUUCAUUAAGGAGGGCCAUAUGGUUGAGUGGAAAGUCGAUGCCCCCUCUGGGCCUCAUGACAUUUCAGCCCACCAACUCAAACUUAUUUUCCAAACGAAUUCAGGUGCUGCUUAUUUCCACAUACAGAAAUGUGAGAUUGAGAAACAAAUCGAUGAGAUGCUUCAUGCUGGGUUGAUCCAGCCAAGCCACAGUCCUUUUUCUUCCCCGGUGCUCCUUGUCAAAAAGAAGGAUGGUAGUUGGAGGAUCUGUGUAGAUUUUCGGGCUCUCAAUUCCAUCUCUGUGAAGGAUAGAUUUCCCUUACCAACUAUCGACGAACUUUUGGACGAAUUGGGUGGUGCCAAAUGGUUCUCCAAAUUGGACCUUCGUCAGGGAUUCCACCAAAUCUGUAUGCAUGAGGCUGAUGUUCACAAAACAGCCUUCCGCACCCACAUGGUCCAUUAUGAGUGUAGGGUCAUGCCUUUUGGCCUUUGCAACGCUCCAUCUACUUUCCAAGCAACCAUGAAUGAUUUGCUGAAACCUUUCCUUCACAAAUUUGUCAUUAUUUUCUUCGAUGAUAUCCUGGUUUAUAGCACUUCCUUGGAAGCCCACUUGCAUCAUUUGGAGCGUACUUUUUAG